AUGGAUCGAAUGGAUCGUGUUCUACCGCAGCCGCAAUCUGACAGAGGUCCACCUGCAAACAAUAUCAAUCUCGGCUCGCUGCCUAGUGCACCCUCACAAUGGACGGGCCAAGACGAGUCCAUGCGGAGCUGGCUCUCCGCGAAGUCGGAGGAAGAUCGAAGAAAGCAGGAAGAGGAAAGGACGCGACAAGAGACACUCAGAUUAGAACAACGCAAAGUAGAGCAGCAAAUACUGCAGGAGUCAUUACGAGGUGGUAUUCCACCACCCAUGGUACCGAUGGUUUUUGCUAGUAUGGGUGGAGCAAAUGUUUCGAAUUUGAGCCUUGAAUGGGCGCAACAUUACAUGACACAAAUGAGCCUUCAACAGCAACAGCAGGCUGCACAGUUGCAGCAGCAGCAGCAACAACAGCAGCAGCAGCAGCAGCAACAGCAGCAACAGGCUCAGAUAGCACCGUCACCGGACCAAAGACGGGAUACGAGGCUGAUCACAGGUCCCAACCCAAAUCCUUACGGGCAGAUGCAGCCUCCAUCACAGACCCAGUCUCUGCAGCAAGCUCAACCUAGCCAACAAAUUGCCUAUCAAAAUCCUGCCGACCGUGGACGAGGGCAGCAGCCUCUUCAAGCAGCUCCACCCUCAUCAAACAAUCGUGUAGCACCCUCGCAAGGCGUGCUGUCACGUCUCAACACAAACGAGCUGCAUAUACAACCACCAUCCUCGGGCCUGCAAAACCUUCAGAUUGCAGGCCAACACCCUCUACAGCAGACGCAGACCGCUCCGACGCAAGAUCAAUCUUCUUCGCCUACUAUCUAUUUCCAUCACUAUGUGCCACCAGAGUCAAAGACUGCGAAGGACAAAGAUCCCGGCACCCCUGCUACAAAAAAUAGCUCACCAUACUCGCAACCGCCAGCUUCUCAUCGACGAUCAGACUAUACUGGCUCACCCAAAAAACGGAAAGCGACGGGCGAACACAAAGCUCCUCCGGAACCGUCUCCCUCCUUCUCUCAACACUCCUCAUCGAAUAAUCGACAUCGACGUUCCAGGCAGCCAAGCGACGCCUCAACCAGAGGCCACGACUUCUCGCGCAAUCGCACUGACAGCAGCCGCCAAUCCUUCUCUGAAGCCGAAAGCGGCAGGAAUUCGGCGCAACCUGAAACACGGCACCGUCACCCGGCCGGGUCGGAUGCGCGUGAGAUUGAGGACUCUUCUCGAAACGGUUCUAGUGAUCGAAACAGUGAAGCACGGGAGAGUUAA